UCCGUCAAGUAAAGUCAAACUUCACCGACACCGCUUCGUUUUUCUACCGUCUCUCAACGAUGGAGCGAAAAGUUGCUCGGGAAUUUAGGCACAAGGUGGAGUUGCUGAUCGAGAAUGAAGCAGAGAAGGACUACCUGUACGAUGUCCUCCGCAUGUAUCACAAGUCGAUGGACUUGCCAGUGCUGGUGGGAGACCUGAAGCUGGUGAUAAACGAACCAAAGCGCCUCGGCCUGUUUGACGCCAUCCGCCCUCUCAUCCCGCUCAAGCACCAGAUGGAGUAUGACCUGCUCACCCCUAAGAGGUCCCGGAAGCUGAAAGAGGUUCGUCUGGAUCGGACACAUCGGGACGGUCUGGGUCUGAGCGUCCGAGGAGGGCUGGAGUUCGGCUCUGGUCUUUAUAUAUCACAGAUUGUCAAAGACGGACAAGCAGACAAUGUUGGCCUUCAGGUUGGCGAUGAGAUUGUGCGCAUCAACGGGUACUCCAUCUCCUCCUGUAUUCACGAGGAGGUCAUCAGUCUCAUCAAGACCAAGAAGAUUGUGUCACUCAAAGUUCGGCAUGUGGGCAUGAUCCCAGUAAAAAGCUCAUCAGAUGAACCCCUCAAGUGGCAGUUUGUCGACCAGUUUGUGUCUGAGUCAGGGGAGAAAAAGAGCAGCGUAGCAGGUUUGGCAUCCAUCGGAGGGAAGGAGAUUAAGGAGAAGAAGGUUUUCCUCAGUCUUGUGGGCACUAAGGGUAUGGGCAUCAGCAUCUCCAGCGGUCCAACCCAGAAACCUGGUAUCUACAUCACUAAUGUAAAGCCGGGAUCUCUUUCUGCAGAAGUUGGACUUGAGGUGGGAGACCAGAUUGUGGAGGUGAACGGAGUGGAUUUCACCAACUUGGACCACAUUGAGGCUGUGAGAGUCCUGAAGAGCAGCAGGAGUCUGACUAUCACAGUUCUGACAGGAGCUGGCAGCGAGCUGUUUGUGACAGACGAGGAGCGUCUGGCGGUGGAGGCCCGCAGGGAGCUGGACCGGCAGGAGCUGAUGCACCAGAAGAGGGUGGCACUGGAGACCAACAGAAUCAUUAAAGAGCAGCAGGAGAAGGAGAGACAGAGGAAGAUGGAGAUCUCUCAGAAAGCUGCAGAGGAAGAGGAGCGCUACAAGAAGGAGAUGGAAAAUAUCGAGGCUGUGGAGAAGAAACACAACAGAGAGUGGGAGGAGGACUGGGGAACCAAAGACAGGCCCAAAAGCCCCAAGAGUCCAAGGAGUCGGUCUCCUGCUCCACCUGAGAGGAAAUCCACCCCGACUCCAAAAGCCAAGAGUUCUCUUUUUGAAGCCAGCUCCUUCACAGAGGAAGACGAGGAUGAGGAGCAGGACGGAGAAGGAUUUCAGAAACACGUGGAAGACUUUGACCCCUACUCCAUGUUCUCUGCAGACCAGAUAGCCGGCCGAGAUGUGAGACUGCUCAGAAUCAAAAAGGCUGGACAGCUGGACUUGGCUCUGGAGGGGGGAGCAGACUCUCCUUUGGGGAAGUUGGUGGUGUCUUCGGUGUACGAUGGCGGUGCUGCCGAUAAACACGGUGGGAUUGUUCCCGGGGACGAACUCAUGGCGGUUAAUGGGAAGAUUCUGAUCGACGCUACGCUGACUGAGGGACAGAACUCUCUGGCUCGAGCCUGGAAUAGUGGAGGGGAUUGGAUCGAUGUUGUGAUCGCCAUGUCCCCUCCGAAGGAUUACGAAGACGAAGUGACGUUCUUCUAGUCUCAUCUACAAUCUGCCAAGAAAACCAGACCGAUUAAGAAGAAGCUUUUCAUUUCUGAUACGUCAAAGAUUCUCUGCCUCCGUACUCACAACAACACACAUUCACCCAUAAACACACAAGUUUUCUCUGAGUUUUUGUUCUUGUUGCUCUUUAAGAUUGAGCUUCAGCAAAUCUGUUCUUUGUGUCUUUUAUUUUCAUCUCCUCUGUCAAAGCUAGUAAUGAUCAACCUCAGGUAGACACACAAUCUUUUCUUAGAUCUGUCAGUGUAAGAAUGAAAAAUUAGUCGAAACAGGCAAAUUGUAAUUAGUAUCACCUCCUCAAUCUGCUUUUUCAAAGUCGAAUAAAGAGCAGCUCAGAUGAGAAAUGGG